AUGGAUAUUGUCUCUGAAAAACUUCACUCAAAACAUCACCUGGAAGAUAUCGACCUCAUUCUGGAGGAAAUGAAAAAGGAUCAUAAGUACCAGAUCAGAGAAGAGAUCGAGGAGCUGAAUAGGACUCUUUCGUGGAAGGAGAUCAAGGAGAUUAAUGAGAUUAUUCUUUGGGUGAUGACGUCUCAGGUCGAACUCACCCUAGCCGACAUGAGCGCAGUGCUUGCUUGCGGCUCCUCGAAUGAAUCAGACCAGAUUCAAUUCAGACUUAACGAAAUCAAACACCAGAUUCUCAAAUCCAAAUCGUCCUAUAGCAGGAGUGCAACGGGGUCAACUGGCUCAGUGCAACCGGUCGAAGCGGAAAUAGAAUUGGUGUAUCAAUUCUUAAAGAACGUCUCUCCAAAGAGAGAUGAUUACGACAAGAAGGCGCUUGACCGCGUCCUGUGGAGUCAUCGCUUGAAUGACAUGAAGGCUACCAUCAGCUAUGACAAGGAGAAUGCUCAUUUGAAGAUAGCACUGACGUGUCUCCAAGUGUUCGCAAGAAAAUGCGAUGAAUAUACGGAACAGCUACUCCCGUAUGCUAGGACCUAUCUUCUCCACCCCUUGAGCAGAGCCAAACCGGGGAAGGUCAACAUCAUGCUGAAAGCUGAACUUGGAAAGUCACUAGUUAAGCUGUUCCAAGACCCGCUUUGCAUCGAUAAAAUGUUCUGUUCGAAGAUGGAACAUAUGGGUCAUACUACUUGGCUCGAAACUGAGGAUAUAUGGCUGCGGAAAAAUUGCGAGUGUUGGCUCUACACGGACGAGGGGGUUAAGGAAGUGCUCAAGUGGUUCUCGGAUUCGGACACAACAAGUGCCGUUUCCAAACAAAGACAAAGACUGAAUCAAUGA